CCCCCCCCAUCCUGUUCCAUCCUUUUGCAACCGUUCGUUUUUUUUUUACGCCCGAGAUUUGCUGUUUUUCAUAACUCCCCAUUGAAAUCUCUUUCAACUACCCACCCUUACAGAACAAGACAGACUCGAAAUGGCCGAAAAAGGAGGACGGGAGGACCAAGUCUACAUGGCUAAGCUCGCCGAGCAGGCAGAGAGAUACGAUGAGAUGGUGUCUUACAUGAAGGAAGUUGCCAAGCUUGGUGUGGAAUUGACUGUUGAGGAACGGAAUUUGUUGUCCGUUGCGUACAAGAACGUCAUUGGUGCUCGUCGUGCGUCGUGGCGAAUUGUUUCCUCCAUUGAACAAAAGGAGGAAAGCAAGGGUAACGAGGGCCAGGUUAAGAAGAUCAAGGAUUACCGCCUCAAGAUCGAGACUGAAUUGAGCGAAGUUUGCUCCGAUAUCCUCAACGUCCUCGACGAGCACUUGAUCCCUGCUGCCGAAGCUGGAGAGUCCAAGGUCUUCUACUACAAGAUGAAGGGAGAUUACCACCGUUACCUCGCCGAAUUCGCCACAGGCGAGAAGCGGAAGGAGGCUGCGUCUCACGCCCACGACGCGUACAAGGCUGCCACGGAUAUUGCACAGACGGAACUCGCCCCGACGCACCCUAUUCGUCUCGGUCUCGCUCUCAACUUCUCUGUAUUCUACUACGAGAUCUUGAAUUCGCCCGAUCGUGCCUGCCACCUCGCCAAGCAGGCCUUCGACGAUGCAAUUGCUGAGUUGGACACGCUCAGCGAAGAGUCCUACAAGGACUCCACAUUGAUCAUGCAACUGCUGAGGGACAACUUGACAUUGUGGACUUCAGACCUUCAGGACGCUGAAGGUGACAAGACUGAGGAAGCAAAGGCUGAUGAGCCGGAGGAGGCUAAAUAAGAUGUUUCGUUCUUUUAUAUAGUGAAUAAGAUGGGUUGGGUGGGGUCUAGUCCUGGGCCGUCAACAAGGUUGCAUCAUUGUUUUGUGUCCAAUGUGUACCCUCUAUGCAAUUUGGGGCGGGGCUUAUUUACUCCGUGCAAUCAUCACGGUAGGAAGUGCUCGGUUGUAGGAUUCUUUUCUCUUUUUCCCCUGUUCGGUUGUUCAUUAUAACAGUAGCCUCUUGGUUUGUUGACAGACUUGUCCCAUACUUUCCGCGUCUGAUAUGCGGUGUGUCUGGCAGCAGUAAUGCCACGCUGCUGUUGUCAGCAUAUUGCAUAUUCCAAACUCAAACGUAACUAUCCAUUCCAAUUUACAAAUAUAUUGUGUA